AUGUCCUUGAAUUUCUUCAUAUCCAUCUUCUUCUUCUUCUUCCUCACUUCAGCUCUCUGCUUCUUCUCAUCACUAUCUGCAGAGAAUGAGAACUCAGCUGGCGGGCUUGCCAUGAACUAUUACAAGGACACGUGUCCACAAGCAGAGGACAUCAUAAAAGAGCAAGUCCAGCUUCUGUACAAGCGCCACAAGAACACCGCUUUCUCCUGGCUCAGGAACAUCUUCCAUGACUGCUUUGUUGAGUCAUGUGAUGCAUCGCUUUUGCUCGACUCGACGAGGAGAAUGCUGUCCGAGAAGGAGACGGAUAGAAGCUUCGGUAUGAGGAAUUUUAGGUAUAUCGAGACGAUUAAGGAGGCUCUCGAGAGAGAGUGCCCCGGCGUUGUUUCGUGCUCGGAUAUUCUCGUAUUGUCCGCUCGGGAUGGCAUUGUUGCUCUUGGAGGGCCACAUAUCCAACUUAAAACAGGAAGAAGAGAUGGUAGAAAAAGCAGAGCAGAUAUAUUAGAGCAGCAUUUACCAGACCACAAUGAGAGCAUGAGUGUUGUUCUUGAUCGCUUUGCAAACAUCGGCAUCAAUACCCCUGGAGUUGUUGCCUUGCUCGGGGCCCACAGCGUGGGGCGAACCCACUGCGUGAAGCUGGUCCACAGGCUCUACCCGGAGGUGGACCCCGCACUCGACCCAGGCCACGUGGAGCACAUGCUGUACAAGUGUCCCGACGCGAUACCCGACCCGAAGGCCGUGCAGUACGUGAGGAACGAUCGUGGCACGCCAAUGAAGCUCGACAAUAACUACUAUCGAAACAUACUCGACAACAAGGGUCUCCUGAUCGUCGACCACCAGCUGGCAACCGAUAAACGGACCAAGCCAUUUGUGAAGAAGAUGGCCAAGAGGCAGGACUAUUUCUUUAAGGAGUUUGCACGGGCUAUUACGAUUCUAUCAGAGAAUAAUCCCCUCACCGGGACUAAGGGUGAGAUACGGAAGCAGUGCAAUCUUGCUAACAAGCUGCACUGA